GAGUGGGGGCCGGGCGUGCGGGCCGGUCCUGGGCCGCCAUGCUGCGGGCGCUGGGCCGCGCCGGCCGUCCGGGCCGCCCCCCGCCGUCCGGGCCGCCGCGGGUGCCCGCCCGGGGCCGCAAGAGCCGCCACGACCCGCCCGCCAAGUCCAAGGCCGGCCUGCUGCGGCCGCCGCCCGGCGUCGACGCGACCGAGCUGCCGGUGGUCGCCGAGCGCUACCGCCUGCACCGACUGGCGCUCCGGGCGCUCAGGUUUGAAUUCAUAGAGGAAGUGCGGCGGAAGGUGUACGAGGAGAAGCAGGGAGCAAUGGCCUCCCUGAGAGCGAAGCAGGAAGCCGAGGAGCAUCAGCAGCUCAUGGCCUGGAAUCAGGCGGAGAACCAGCGGCUGCAGGAACUACGGGAGCAGCGGCUGAGAAAGGAGCAGGAGGAGCUGAGGGUCCGGCAGGACCAGGAAGCCACCCAGAAGGCCCGGGCUACAGAGGAGUUUCUCCAGGAGAGGAUGAAAGAGGUCCUCCAGCUACAGGAAGAAGCAAAACACUUCAUCAGCCCCGAAAACUUGGAGCAGAGGAUCGAAGAGGCCCUAGACAACCCACGCAGCUACCACUUUGCCGUGGCCAAGGAUGGCCGGGUGGUGAAGCGCACCCCGCUCCCGUAGAGGCCGCGGGCGGGCCCGCACGCGCGUGUCCCCGCGGGACCACUGGGAGCAGAGAGCAGGCCGGGAUUUCCGUCCAGGCGCUGAGACGGGCACGGGGUCAGGGAACUUGACGGGGUAGCUCAGGGUGCGGGAGCUCAUUACCCGACCCCGCUCCCCACCCCUCCGGCACCCAGAGGGCGAACCUCUGAAAUAAAAGGGAAAGAUAUGUUUUCUACCCCA